AUUGCACAGAGAAAGAGAGAGAGGGAGAGCAGAGGAGGUUACUUUGGGAAGCAGUACAGCUUGCUCAUCCGAUCCGUGUAGUUCAGACAGAGUGUGUCAUGUUACAGAGAAGCCAGGAUCAGCCACAGUGCAACUCCAAAGCAGUUGAGAAUUACCUCUCUCCAAUGGGGACUUUCAUGUGCAAUCUCUUAACCACUCUGCUAAGGAACUGAAACUGACAAACCUAGAGGGAGAGGAAAAGAACAACAAACAAAAAAGACUGAAAGACAUAAACUGAUCUGAUUAUUUUCCCCAAAACUUUUCUGGAGUUGGAGCCUUUCUUUUUUUUAAAUAACUUUUUCCCCCUUUUUAUCCAUACAAUUUUGUUAUUAUUGUUGUUAUAAUUUCUAUUAUUCAGUGGCAUUGGGAUUCCCUCGGACGCUGCUCUUCCAUGAAUUCUGGAUUGUUCUUCUUGGAGUGGGAUUGAAACUUUAUUUAUUCUAUUUAUUUAUUUAUUGUUUCUCAGGACAGGGAGGGAAUGUUGGAGGAGAAGGGCUGGAAAGGUGCUAGCAAUGGUGCCUUUGACAGAGGGUGCAUCGCUCCCCCCAGGACAGGGGAUGGAGAAAGAUGCUGCAGGUUUCCUCUACUGCUGGGCUCUGGGCUUCCUGGGGUGUCUUUGAUUUCUCUGGUGUUGAGCCUCCUGCUAUACUUUAGGACAUCAGACCUGCAAUCCAGGGUUUCACAUUUGGAAGCAGACAGAUGCAUUCAGCUCCCUGCCUGGCUCUCUGCAGACCAAAUGGAGACAGCUAUUUUGGGAAGAGUUGACCAACUGCUUGAUGAGAAAUUAAAGUUCAACUUGCCGAGACAUCGAGAAGUUCGAGAUACCCACCAGAGGUGCAACUGCCCAGCAGGGCCUCCUGGCCCUACAGGAAGACCAGGGCUUCCGGGAGACAAAGGCGCCAUGGGGAUCCCUGGAAGAACGGGACUAAAGGGGCAACCCGGAGAGAAGGGAACCCCUGGAGAAGCAGGCAUGUCCAUCAUCGGUCCCCGAGGCCCUCCAGGACAGCCUGGAACAAGAGGUUUUCCUGGAUUUCCGGGCCCAAUUGGUUUGGAUGGCAAACCUGGCCAUCCUGGACAGAAGGGGGAGAUGGGUGUUGCUGGUCCCAAGGGACAGCCGGGACCUACAGGACAAAAAGGAGAAAAGGGCCAGUGUGGAGACUACCCACACAGGCUGUUGCCUCUCCUCAAUUCAGUGCGGCUGGCUCCACCCCCGGUCAUAAAGAGACGCACUUUCCAGGGUGAACAAGGACAGGCGGGGAUUCAAGGUCCACCAGGGCCACCUGGUCCACCAGGGCCAACUGGACCAUCUGGACCAGCAGGAAAUCCAGGACAACCUGGCCUAGUUGGGCCACCAGGCAAAGCAGGGGAGCCUGGAAAGGCAGGCAAGGAUGGAAAGGGUUUACCUGGACCCCCUGGACCAAAGGGAGACCCUGGAAUUCAAGGAUACCAUGGGAGGAAGGGUGAGGUGGGUGAGGCUGGCCUACCAGGUGCACCUGGCCUUCCUGGACCUAUUGGCCCCAAGGGUGAAAAGGGGGACACUGGCAUGAAGGGGGAGAGGGGCAUGCCAGGGCUGCCAGGAAAACAUGGAGCUAAGGGGGUUCCUGGAAUGGCUACUGCAGGGAUGAAGGGAGAACCUGGAGUUGCAGGGAUGAUGGGCCCCCCAGGUUUGCCAGGGAAAAGGGGACAGAGGGGGGAGAAGGGAAGAGCUGGUGAUCCCGGACUUCCUGGAUUCCUAGGACAGAAGGGAGAGAAGGGAGAUGCUGGCAAUUCACUCGGGGGAGGUAAAGGGGAACCCGGACCCCCGGGACUACCUGGGCCUCCAGGACCAAAGGGGGAAGCUGGUGACAUUGGCCAGACUGGCAUUGCAGGACCGCAGGGGAAAAAGGGAGAACCUGGAGCACCUGGAGAACAGGGGCCUGUUGGUCCAAGGGGUCCCAAAGGGGAGCCAGGAAAGGACGAAAUUGUGGAUUAUGAUGGUAACAUCAACGAAGCUCUACAGGAAAUACGAACGUUGGCCCUGAUGGGACCUCCUGGACUUCCAGGAGUAGCUGGGACCCCAGGGCUACCAGGACAGAAGGGUGAAAUUGGUUUGCCGGGUCCUCCUGGACACGAUGGAGAGAAGGGGCCACGAGGUAAAUCAGGAGAGGUGGGGCCUCCUGGUCCCCAAGGGCCCCCAGGAAAGGAGGGACCUCCAGGAGUGAAGGGAGAGACUGGACUUACGGGGACCCCAGGAGCAAAGGGGGAAAAGGGGGAGGCAGGAGAAGCUGGCUCUCCGGGUCUUGAUGGCCCAAAUGGGGAGAAAGGAGAACGAGGUGACCAAGGGAUACCAGGACCUUCAGGAUUACCAGGUCUAAUUGGACUUCCAGGAUUGACAGGAGAGAAAGGAGAACCUGGUGAGGAUGGGGAAAAAGGAGACGCAGGGGACUCAGUAUCAGGGCCACCCGGGCCCCAAGGCCCACCAGGUGCUGCAGGUCUUCAAGGCCUUCCAGGACCGAAGGGGGAAGCGGGGAUUGAUGGAAUGAAAGGAGAGAAGGGUGUCGAGGGUGAGAAAGGAGACCGAGGUCCACUGGGAUUGCCCGGUGCUUCAGGUUUAGACGGCAGGCCUGGACCACCGGGUACUCCAGGACCAAUUGGAGCUCCAGGACCAGCAGGACCAAAAGGGGAAAGGGGCAGUAAAGGAGACCCUGGAAAUGCAGGACCAAAGGGGCCAGCUGGGCUUCCUGGUUUACAAGGCCCAUCUGGUGACAAAGGAAACCGGGGGGAGAGGGGCAAGAAAGGCUCUAGAGGGCCUAAAGGGGAUAAGGGAGACCAAGGAGCGCCUGGAUUAGAUGCACCCUGUCCAUUGGGAGAUGACGGCUUGCCAGUUCAGGGCUGCUGGAAUAAGUGAUGGUUCUAACCAUGGACUGGCCUGUGUGUGUUUUGUACAUAGAAUAUUUAUUUUUAUACAAUGUUCUUUUCUGAAAUGCCAAGAAGUUAUACAUUUUACAAAUUAUCAAAAGCUGCAUAUAUUUUGUACAGAAAAUACUAAAUUUCCCUUUUUCUGUUUGUCAAUACUUUAUAUAAUUCUGUGUCUAUAUUAUGCUUAUAUUGUUGUGGAGUCCAGCUGUAAUAUUUGCAUGAUAUUUGUGCACACUUGAUGAGUAUUGGAACUUAAUAAAUUAUUGCAUUCAGGUGCCAAAAGGAACUGCCCUAUAUAAAUCUGAAGGUCAUUUCCCUUGCCAAAUCAGGAAAAUUAAAGAAUAUUUGAAGUGUUAUGGAUUUUAUUAUUAAAAUGAAAUAUGACAAUUAUCUUUUUGUGAAUAAACUAUGGUGUUGCUGGAGAAAGCCUGGGGCAGCCAGCAGUGCUA